GUGUGGGCUCUGCUCGUAGAAAAGCACGGAGCCCCACGGCAGCGGGUGGAGGCAUUCGCUGGGCUUCUUUCCUCUCCCAGAGCAGUUUCAGGAGGCUCGUAGCAUUCACUCUCUGUGCACCUGCAGGCAAUGGGUGGCCGUGGCAGGAGGGUGCUGGGGUGCUCGGGAGCACGGGGAGGGGGAUGUCCCACCAGCAGCUCACGGGAGAGGAGGUGGGACACGGCAGGGGCGGGGGAACACAGCUGUGCCCCGGGGCUGGGUCCCUGCGCUAUAAAAGUGACUCCAGCAACCGUGUUGGGGAAGAGCAGCAGCCCCGACCUCUGCUCCUGCCUCCCGCAGCCUCCCACAGCUGCCAGGCCCUGAUGAUGAAGGUCCAGGUGCUGACAGUUCUGCCCCUGCUGCUGGCGCAGCUCUCCUUGGCCCCAGCACAGGCUGAGGCACGGGGAGGGAGCCUGCAGAGGCAGCCCAGAGGCUGGGGGCCCCCAGAAGCCCCCCACCCAGCUGGGUCUGGUGGGGACACCCUGCUCGGACAGGGCGCAGAGGGCAGCCACCCCCUGGCUGGAGCAUGGGAGGUGCUGGCUGAGCCCCCCCAAGCCCCCAGCGAGGCCAGGGGCAGCGGGCAGCAGGGCCCCCCCAGCCAGCUCCGCAGGCGCCCACCGCAGCCCUCCCGCAGCAGGAGCCUGGGGCUGAGCCAGCACCUGAAGGGCCACGGCAAGUUCAACGCCGACACGCACUCCUGCCAUGGCAUCCAGCGCCGGCCCUGCCAGAAGCCCUCGGACUGCAGCGGCUGCCUGGGGCUGUACACCUGCAAGCUGCCCGCGGGCACCUGUGGCCUGAAGGCCGUCUCCUGGCAGAGAGGUGGGUUCCUGCGCAGCAUCCAGAGCGCCGGGUGGCACACGGGCACCCUGCUCCCUGAGCCACGCGGCUCCAAGUGAAGCUGGAGAGGCCGUCCUGCAGCUGAGACCGACGUUUCCUGCCCGUGUCUCCUUUUAAAUCCUUAAUUAUACAGCUGUAAAUGUU